AUGGGCUACUAUUCUAAGCAGGCAGCAAUUUAUAUAGGAGGUUUGCUCUGCUGCAGUUCUUAUACGUUUAUUGCUCCUUUCUAUCCUGGAAUAGCUGAGUCUAAAGGUAUCCCUUUCUGAGCUAUAGGCUUCAUUUUUAGUUUAGACCCGAUUUUUGCAUUUGUAGCGUCCUGAUAUUUAGGCAACAACAUGUAUAAAUUCGGUCGUAGGUUUAUAUUGACACUCGGAGUUGGCUUAUUGGCUGGAUCUAUGAUUGCAAUUAGUUUUAUAGAAUUUUUUGAUGCUCCUCCUAUACUUAUUUUAAGUUUUAUUUCAAGGAUGCUUGGAGGAAUAGGAUAUGCCUGUGAAAUGACAGCUGGAGACGCAAUUUUAACAAGUGAUUACCCAGGAGAGCUAACUAAGGUGAUGGGGAUUAUGGAAGUUUUUGCUGGAAUGGGUUUGUUGAUUAGUGGUUGGUUUUUUAUGACCAAAGCUAUUUGCUGAUUAAUAAAUACCGACAGCAAGAUUUUUAUUUAAAAAAAUAUUUUUUCGGAUUUUACAAAAUAAUAAAAGUUUUUCUUCUUAAAAAUCCUGCACUAGUUGAUUGGACCUCUUAUUGGCUCUGCUUUAUAUGCAAUAGGAGGUGCAUUUUUAUCAUUCAUGAUAUCAGGAAUCGCCAUUGCAAUAUACACACCAAUCUGCUGAUAUAGGAGUUUUCCCUAUAUGGCCCGAUAAGGCCGUGGGUUCUCUGUGGAAUCCCUCUGUUGGUUCAGCCAGCAGAGGGAUUCCACGGAGAACCCACGGCCCUUAUCGGGCUAUAUAGGGAAAACACCUAUAUCUUUUAGGAGAGCCACGACCCUAUGUAAUGUCAGAAAAUGCUGUAAAUUCCAUCGAAUUAAUAGCAAGACCAAAAAUUGCACUAGACGCAGGUGUACAAUUUGCCUUCACUUUUACAUUUGGAUACGUUUUUCCUAUACUAGAAAUCCAUUUAUUGACUUUUAACAUUGGGGACACUUAUAUUGGACUGUGCUUUACUUUAUAUACUUUAUCAUAUUCAAUAUUUUCUAUAUUCGCUAUAGUUUCAUCUAACUCUCCCUCUGAGCGAACAAAAUGUUUUAUGAAAAAAAAUUUGACACAUUAUUAUAAUGGAAUCUCGAGCUAAUUCAUUUUAAUUUUAAAAAAUUGCGUUUUAAAAGUAAAUUUUACAAAUUAAAUUAAUAUUUGCUUUCCAAUUUAUAUAAUUUUUUUUUAAAAAAAUUAAGAGCGAACAAUAUUUUUUGUUCGGUCUCGGAGGGGUAGUAAGAAAAUUGAUGCAAGGAAGUUGAUGGCUGUAGGACUACUGGGCCAAGCUAUAGGAUUUUCAAUGCUUGGACCAUGGAAACUCAUUUACCCUCGAGAAAUUUGGGUAGUGCUUAUUGGACUAUUUAUACUUGGUUUUGCUCAAGCAUUUAUGUACACACCUUCGCUUCCUCAUAUGAUUCAGCUGGCUUAUGAGGAGUACCAAUACAAAGAAGACGACAGGCUUAUUGACCAGUUGGCUGGGAUAUCAAAUAUAAUUAUGAAUAUUGGAGAAAUUGGUGGGCCUAUGGUUGUAGGGAUCCUCGCAACUAGUAUUGAUAUUGAGACUAGUUGUGCUUAUCUAACUCUUGCCAUCACAGCUUAUUUUGUGCUCUAUUUAACAGGAUCUGGGCUUACAAGUAAAAAAGCACCUAAAAAUAAAUCAAGCCUGUCUUUAGAACUUUUGAAUAUUUAA